GAGGUUGCUGCUGUAUGGCAGAAAUGAAAGUGUGUUGAUGGUUGUGUUCAUUGUUAUGACAGUAGGCACAUUGAACUUAGUUUGGAGAAAUAUGUGUAAUAAUCACUUAUCACGAAACAAAUAGGUAUAAUUAGUUAGCUAGUGAAAGUUAUUUGUUUCGCAUGUGCCUCUGUAUUGAAUACAUGCGUUGUGUUUCUUCAAAAUUAAAUCCCAGGAUUGCAAAAUGGGCUUUUGCUUUCAGUUGCUUUUAGAUAUAACCCAUUCGAGCAUCAAAGCGAUUCAGUCUGCUGAAUGAGACGGAGGAGAAAUGGCAGACAGUCCAGAUGAAACUACCGAAUUAAUAAGAAGCAAACCAGCCCGAAUCAGACAUGGAAGGCUUUUCCUUGCUGUCUUUUCAGCUGUUUUGGGCAAUUUCAAUUUUGGAUUUGCCUUAGUGUUCCCCUCCCCUGUCAUCCCCCAGCUUAAGAAGGGUGAUGACCCUCGGCUCCAAAUGGACAUCCAUCAGAUAUCAUGGUUUGGUUCGAUUUUCACCCUUGGAGCAGCUUUAGGGGGUCUUAGUGCCAUGGUGCUGAAUGACCGAGUUGGGAGAAAGAUGAGCAUCAUGUUGUCUGGAGUACCAUCUGCUGCAGGUCUCCUUGUCAUGGGGGCUGCACAAAAUUUCUGGAUGUUAUUAUGGGGCCGAUUUCUGACUGGCAUCGCUGGUGGUAUCACUGCUGGCUCCAUUCCUGUGUAUGUGUCAGAGAUUUCACACGCAUCUGUGAGGGGUAUGCUGGGAUCGUGUCCUCAGAUCACAGCUGUCUUUGGAAGUCUAGCACUCUACGCUCUUGGCCUGAUUUUGCCAUGGAGAUGGCUGGCUGUGGCCGGGGAGAUUCCUGUGGUUAUCAUGAUGAUUUUGCUUUGCUUUAUGCCGACCUCCCCACGUUAUCUUACCAUGAAAGGAAACAGAGCAAAAGCAGUCAAAUCGCUAGAAUGGCUCAGGGGCCCCAAUUCUGAUUACUUGACUGAGUUCAAUAAGAUCGAGCGCAGUAUUAACUCUCAGGGCGCACAAUGGAGUGAUCUUAAAACACCUUUAUACUAUAAACCUAUCCUAAUCUCAGUCUUUAUGAGAUUUCUGCAGCAGAUGACUGGUAUAACCCCAAUUCUGGUAUAUUUGGAGCCCAUCUUCCACAUGACAGCUAUAUCACUGGAACCGAAAUAUGAUGCAGCAUUAGUGGGAGCUGUAAGAUUGAUCUCUGUCGCUAUUGCAGCCAGUUUGAUGGACAAAGCAGGUCGAAAAGCUUUGCUCUUCACUUCAGGAUUUUUGAUGUAUCUAGCCACGCUUUCAAUGACCAUGUACACCCACAGAACACCAUGCAGCCAUGGCAAUCUUACCUUAACAGAGGGUUUGAAGAGCGCCGAUGGAGGCUCAACAAGCCCUGCCUUCGAUCCAGUGACUCUAAUUCCUCUCAUUAGCACUAUGGUCAUCAUAUUUGGUUAUGCUAUGGGUUGGGGACCAAUCACAUGGCUGCUAAUGUCAGAGAUUUUACCCUUGGGUGCACGUGGUGUAGCAUCUGGUUUGUGUGUUGGUGUUAGCUGGAUCACGGCCUUUGUACUGACACAACUCUUCAUGCACGCGGUGGAAGCCUAUGGACUUUUUGCACCUUUCCUGUUCUUCUGUGUCGUCUCUGUAGUGAAUAUAAUAUUCACUGCUAAAUGUGUGCCGGAAACUAAAGGCCGGACUCUGGAGGAGAUUGAGAACUAUUUCAGGACUGGCCGAACCUUCACCAUUCUUGAGCCUUAAAAUGUCCAUAUAUGCUAUUUCUAUGACAGAUAAUAUUAAUGUAUAGUACACACACACUUCUAUCCUAAUGUUCCUGUGAUGUAAAUACAUGAAUUUCUCUUAAAAAUGCUAUGUCUAAUAUCCAUUUACUAGAAUAAUCUAAAAGUAUAAUAUUUCAAUAAUUGUGUAUAUAUUGUAUAUGUAUGUAUUAAAUGUCUACCAUCCUC